AUUUUAAAUAUGCUAGACCCAACCCCUAAGACUGCUAAAGACCAUCCAGAAAUCUCAGGAGGUAGCACUAUUGGUAUCAAGUAUGAUAAAGGAGUCCUCCUCGCUGCUGACACCCACCUCAUGUAUGCAGGCUGCUACUGGUACAAAGAUGCCCAAAGAAUUCACAAAGUCGCUGAUAACUGAGUCAUUGCAUCAAGUGGAGAUUAUGCCGACUUGCAAAUGCUCCUUAAAAAACUUAAAGAUAAGAACGACUACGACAUCAUCGCUGAAGACGGCCACCAGCACUACGAGCCCAAGGAUUACUGCAAAUGGCUUGCAAACGUUCACUUCAACAAAAGAAUGAGGGUGGACCCGUAUUACAACUCUCAUAUUGUGGCAGGCGUUGACUCUAAGUCUGGCGACAAAUUCCUCGGAACUGUCGAUGUGCAUGGCAACAACUUCGAAGGAAACUAUGUGUUGACCGGAAUUGCAAACUACUUCUGCAACGCCAUCUUAGACGGCAAUGUCACUGACGACUUGACACUUGAAGGUGCCAGAGAACUCAUGACCAAGUGCUUCACAGUGCUCUACUACAAAGACAAGUCACAAGGAGACAAGAUCCAGUACGUCACAAUCGACACAGACAGCAACGUGAACUUCGAAGACCCAGUGACACUAGAGUCAAAGUGGGACUACCACUUCACAAAGCACUUGACCAACGACCACACCAGAGACGUCAGAUUCAAGAACUAAUUGGGAAUUCAAUAAAUUUAGCAUGAAAA